CCCAGUCCAGGGGUUGAAAGAGUUUCAGAGAGCAUGAACAGCUUUCCUACCUACUAGCUCCAUCUCCCUGGAGGCAGAGGGAACUCCGAGGGUGGCCGCGGAGCCAGCGCCUGGAGCAGCAGGUCCCCACUCGGCGGGGGGAGCAGUCCUGCUGGAAAAGCCAAGGCUGAGUUCUAGACGCCCAAAUCAGAGGAGCAGGGACGCAGAGGAGCGUGGUGCUCACCGCUACUGCGCAGAGCCUCAUGAAACCUGCCGGGGAACAGCGAUCAGAGAGCCGCCAGCACGCUGCUCCUCAGGAGGGCGCCUUUGCCCGGAGCCGCUGACUCCUAGGAGGAUCCCAUUCCUUUUUCCUGAACUGAAACCCCUUCUUCCGAAUAUCCAGAAUGGUGUUCCAGAAGUUGAUCUGGAUGGGUUUCCUCUGCCACCUGUGUCGAGGCUACUUUGAUGGUCCCCUGUACCCAGAAAUGUCUAAUGGGACCCUGCAUCAUUACUUCGUGCCUGAUGGAGAUUAUGAGGAGAAUGACGACCCUGAGAAGUGUCAGCUGCUCUUCAGGGUGAGUGACCGCCGGCGCUGCUCCCAGGGGGAAGGCGGUCAGGCUAGCAGCUUGCUGAGCCUCACCCUUCGAGAGGAGUUCACGGUACUGGGCCGCCAGGUGGAGGAUGCUGGGCGCGUCCUGGAGGGCAUCAGCAAAAGCAUCUCCUACGACCUGGAUGGGGAAGAGAGUUACGGCAAGUACCUGAGGCGGGAGUCCCACCAGAUCGGGGAUGCCUACUCCAACUCUGACAAGUCUCUCACUGAGCUGGAAAGUAAGUUCAAGCAGGGCCAGGAACAGGAUAGCCGGCAGGAAAACAGAAUCAAUGAGGACUUCCUGGGCAUGCUGGUCCACACCAGGUCCUUGCUGAAGGAGACGCUGGACAUUUCUGUAGGGCUCAGAGACAAAUACGAGCUGCUGGCACUCACCAUCAGGAGCCAUGGGACCAGGCUAGGUCGACUGAAGAGCGACUAUCUGGAGGGUGGGGGACAGAGGACGGGCUAAAGUUUCCAUUGUAAGUGCUUUAUUCUAUGCAGAUUUGCACUUUCAGAAUGCGUCCGAAGUCAUCUUUUUUUAAAAAAAGGAAAACUUUAAAAGGCUGAGUUAUUCCGAUUUGGGUUUACUUUUGUGCAUUAUUUAUGUUGUUAUUAGUAAGGCUUUUUCAACGGUAAAAAGCAAUGUAAAAGCAACUGGGGCUUUCAUAGCGCUACAGAAUCACUCCUUUCAGCCCCAUCUAAAGGGUGUGUAUAUUUUGUGUGGAAGGACUAACUAAACUUCUUCACCCUGAAGAUUUUGUGGACACGGCGCGGGGAAGGAUCAGCCUUCUCUUUGGUCUCUGAAGGCAGAGGAGCCUGUUUUGCAGAUGAUGCCUCAGGUUUGCUGCGCGCCUGCCAGGCAAGGAAGUGGCUUGAUUAUUCUUUCGCUCUUAUUUAUUUACCAUAGUCUUAGUUGUUUCUGUUUUGUUGCAAAAACGUUACUAAGAACUUACAUGCAAAUCACCAGCAGUAAGAUGCUCAAGGUUGCCCUGUGGGUUUGUGUAAGUUGGAGGAAGCAAGAUGUAAGACAGCAAAGCUUUAGGGUGGUGUGAUUUUGUUUUGUCUUUCACUACACCAUCAGAAGAACAGAGUGAACACACCCCUUAAGGCUCUAUGAUUUAGGUUAUGUAUUCUUUCUUCUCGGGAUCAAGAAGUAAUUGCUAAUUUUUGCUUACUGGAAACUUGUAUUUCAGUGGGGAGGGGGGUGUCUAACUUUAGAAACCCCUUACCUAAGUUUUAUUAUUCAGCCAAUAAAUGUUUUCAUA